UCAUUAUUUCUGACUGAACGCAAAAAGCUUGCUGAUGAAAAAUCUCUUCCAUCUCCCUCGUAAAUUCCGGGAUUGACAACAAAAGGCAGUAUUUAUACGAAGCUUUAUUGUUUUAAAUGAUUCUUCGUUAAAAAGUGUUGUGAGCGAAAGCCUAUAACCUAAAUUGACACGGUGGAGGAAAAAAUAUGAAGAGGCGAAAUGCCGAAACUGGCAAAAUGCGGCGCCCCAUAAAGCGCACAAAAAUCAGUGAAGGAAUGUACGGAAAUUCUAUGCUGUAUCUGAAAUUCGUGAUGCUGUGGGCCGCGGUCGUGCUCGCCGACUACAUGUUGGAGUUCAGAUUCGAGUUCCUCUGGCCAUUCUGGAUGAUGUUGAGAUCAGUUUAUGACUCAUUCAAGUAUCAGGGACUUGCAUUUUCAGUAUUCUUCAUAUGCAUAGCUCUCACAUCAGACAUAAUAUGUUUCUUCUUUAUGCCGAGCCCCUGGAUGUUUAUAGCAGCCAGUAUGUAUGUGUGGAUACAGUGCAUAUGGUACACAGUUGCAGACAAAGGCAUCUGCGGCCCCACAGUGGUGCUCUGCUGCCUGAUCGCCUACAUUGAGGGCGUGCUGCGCGCCACGGAGCGGGGCGGCGGGCUGGCGGGCGGCGGGCUCGAGCUGUGCCGGCCGCUGGCGGCGCACUGUGUGGGGUACCCGGUAGUGACGCUCGGCUUCGGCGUGAAGAGCUUCGUGGGGCGGCGGCUGCGGCUGCGGCGGCAGCGGCGGGUUCGCGCCGAGAACGACUUCUACUACCGGCUGAUGCGGGACGCGUUGCCGGAGAGCGCUCUAGAGGAGAGCCAGCCGGAGAGCAGUAAACCCUGCGCGGAGGGCGUCCCACUGAGCAACGGGUCGGCGGGCGAGCACCGGCACAUGAACGGCGCCGCCGGGACGAGGCGGAAAAAAGAGCUCUGUCCGGAGCAUGUUAGUUUACAGUUUAAGUUAGAGAAGUUAGAGAAGCACCUGCUCUCAACGACGGCGUGUCAGAAGACGCCGCUCAGCAACGGCUGCGCGACGGUGCCGCCCGACGGUGUAGUCACGGAGGAGCAUAUGGCCGGCAGUGCCAAAUCUUCCAAGUGCGAGAAGAAGGAGGCCAGCACGUUAAAAGAAGAAAAAAGAAAGAAUAAAAAUAAAGAUAAGGAUAAGGAGAUCAGUGAUAGUCAUAAGAGUUCAGAAACCACAAAAGAAACAGUGAAAGAAGUAGAAAGUACAAAAGAAACCUCAGCCAAGUGCAACGGCAACCACACGACGAGCAGAGAGCGGGAGAAGGAGAGGGAGAGAGAGAGAGAACAGAGAGAGGUGCAGCGCGAGCGAGAGCGCGAACAGCGCGAAGCCCGCGAAUGCACAGAAGAACUAAAACGAGUGAAGGCCGAACUAGCCGUGGCUUUACGCAACGAGGCGACGGCGCGGCGCGAGCUGGCCGCCGCCGCCGCCGCCGAGCGCGCGCGCCGCGCCGAGCUCAGCCAGCUCAGCCGCGCGCACCAUCAGCUGCAACACAAAUUAACAUCAUGGCGGAACACAGAGCGCACUGAGCGAGCGACUCUGGAGCGGCGGCUGAGCGAGGAGCGGCGCGCGCGGGCCGCGGCCGAGACGCAGCUGCAGGCGCAGGCGCAGGCCAACGCGAGACGCACUGGCGAGUGCGAGAACGAGACGUGCAUACAGCGGCGGCUAGCGAGCGAGACAGAGACGGCGACAACUCGCCGCGACCUACAGAGGGCCAGGGAGCGCGCCGCGCGCCUCACGAGGGACCUCACCACCGCCACGGAACAGGUGCGAGCCCUAGAGCAGCGGCAAGAGGACUCCUCCUCUCCCCACUCUCGUCUAGCGUCCGCCUACACGUCGCUACAAGAGAGAGCUUCUCACCUCGAGCGAGCACUGUCCGCGGAGACCAGGGUCAAGCUGGACCUGCUGUCCGCGCUCGGCGAGGCCAAGAGACAACUCACCAUCAGAGAGGGUCUCAUAACGAAGCAAGAGAAGGAGAUGCAAGAGCUGAAGGCUCAGAUGCUGGCGGUGAUGCCGGCCGAGUUCGUCUCGUCCGGGGGCGGAGUCUCCAAGCUGCGCUUAUCGGACAACUCCCCGCUCGACCCCAACGCCACCGUCUACACGCCCAAACAACUCUGCUCCGACGCGUAGGACACUGGCCGAAAACACACGGACUCCUAGCCCGGGCGGAAAUUUAAAAAUAAAAAAAGAAGUUGUCUAUGGAACUUUAGUGACGCUGUUUACCAUUUUUAAAUUUUCGGUCGAAGACUGCAUUCAACAAUAACCGUACCGCGUUCUUGUAUGGCCGUGAUGACAGAUCUCAUUUUUGUAUUCGACUGUAUUGAUUAACGUUCUCGGAGCCGUAUUUUGAGAUUUUUUUGUUUGUUAUUUAAAUUAUUUAUGUGAAACGUCAGUAUUGUUGAGCCUCGGGUGUCCAUACAAGCGGCGGCGAGCGGUUCGUUGGAUAAAUAUUAUUGAGAGUGCAUUAGUUUUGUAAACGUUUGUCGACAUAUUUAUCAGAGCGUUUAUUUUUGCAAAACGUUUAGCGCGUGGUGACGUUUACUUGCCUUUAUUGAGAGAGCGUUACGGUACACUUACUUAAUUUACACGAAAUUAAAAGGACCCUGAAUACU